CUCAAGAGAACGAUUUCAUAGCUUUUCUUUUGCAUUGCCAUAGCCAUGACUAGUGUAGGGAUGCAAACGGAGUUGCCCAUGUUUCGUAUCAAGAAGAGUACACCACUUCGCGAAUGUCCGUUAAAUUGAAGAUAACCGAGCAGACAUUAAGGGAAAGUUUUAUUUUGACGCCUCUCCCUUCAAAGUAAAGGAGGCAUUUUAGUAAUCUAUAAUAUUCCCGCGGUGAACUAUGUCAAGUAGGUUUUAGCGAAAUGUCUUUUUUGUGAUGGGUAGUCUUAAAUACUUAAUUUUUGUUGCUGUCAUUUCACUACAAUAACCUAUGUUAUGUUCUUCUAACUGUUACGCAUAUGGUCUUAUUUUGAAAACAAGAACCGGAAGUUCUUCUUCUUCUGGCUAGCUCGGCACUAGCGUUCAGAUUCAUGCAAAUGACUGAGGCAGAAAAUACACGGGAGGCCGUCGGUCCAGCGGUAAACGGUUAUAUUUUGUUGUUGUUCUGUCCUCGGAUAGCUCCAGAUGGCAGCGAGCACAGAGGCCCCGGAGCCCUGGUACCUGGCCCUGUUGGGCUUUGCAGAACAUUUCCGUACGUCUAGUCCCCCGAAGAUUCGCCUGUGCGUCCACUGUCUGCAGGCGGUGUUUCAGUUCAAGCCGCCCCCGAGGGUCGAGGCCCGGACUCACCUGCAGCUGGGCUCAGUGCUGUACCGCCACACAAAGAACAGCGAGCUGGCCCAGACUCACCUGGAGAAAGCGUGGUUCAUAUCACAGCAAAUAUCUCAAUUUGAAGAUGUCAAGUUUGAAGCAGCAAGUAUUCUAUCAGAGUUCUACUGUCAACAGAACCUUGUGGACUCGGCCAAGCCGGUGUUGCGGAAGGCCAUCCAGAUCUCUCAGCAAACUCCCUACUGGCACUGCAGACUGCUUUUUCAGCUGGCACAAUUACAUGCACUAGAAAAGGACUUGGUAUCUGCCUGUGACCUCCUCGGAGUCGGAGCAGAGUAUGCAAGAGUCAUGGGAUCAGAGUACACACGAGCUCUGUUCUUAUUAAGUAAAGGAAUGCUGCUGCUGAUGGAGCGGAAGCUGAGCGAGGUGCAUCCUCUGCUGACGCUGUGCGGGACCAUUGUGGAGAACUGGCAGGGAAACCCCAUUCAGAAGGAGUCCCUCAGAGUUUUCUUCCUCGUGCUGCAGGUUACACACUACCUGGAUGCUGGACAGGUAAAGAGUGUGAAGCCAUGUCUGAAGCAGCUUCAGCAGUGUAUCCAGACCAUCUCCACUCUUCAUGAUGAUGAGAUCCUUCCCACUAAUCCAGCAGCUCUCUUCCACUGGCUGCCCAAAGAGCACAUGUGUGUGCUCGUGUACCUGGUGACGGUGAUGCACUCCAUGCAAGCGGGAUAUUUGGAGAAGGCACAAAAGUACACAGACAAAGCUCUCAUGCAGCUGGAGAAGCUGAAGAUGCUGGACAGCAGUCCCAUCCUGUCCACGUUCCAAGUCAUCCUGCUGGAGCAUAUCAUCAUGUGCCGGCUCGUCACCGGACACAAGGCCACAGCUUUACAAGAGAUUUCUCAGGUUUGUCAGCUUUGCCAGCAGUCUCCCAGGUUAUUUACCAGUCAUGCUGCCCAGCUUCAUACACUGCUGGGCCUCUACUGUAUCUCGGUGAACUGCAUGGAUAACGCUGAGGCUCAGUUCACUGCUGCUCUACAGAUGACAACACACCAGGAGUUGUGGACGUUCAUUGUGACCAACCUGGCCAGUGUCUAUAUCCGGGAAGGCAACAGACAUCAAGAGCUGUACAGCCUUCUGGAGAGGAUUAACCCAGAUCACAACUUUCCUGUCAGCUCUCAUUGUCUACGGGCUGCAGCCUUUUACAUCAGAGGGCUCCUGUCUUUCUUCCAGGGACGUUACAACGAAGCCAAAAGAUUUCUAAGGGAGACCCUGAAGAUGUCUAAUGCUGAGGAUCUAAAUAGGCUGACUGCUUGCUCACUAGUCCUACUGGGCCACAUCUUCUUUGUCCUGGGCAACCACAGGGAAAGUAACAAUAUGGUGGUUCCUGCAAUGCAGCUUGCCAGCAAGAUCCCGGACAUGUCUGUGCAGCUGUGGUCCUCUGCACUUCUCAAAGAUCUGAACAAGGCUUGUGGAAACACCAUGGAUGCCCACGAGGCAGCUCAGAUGCACCAGAACUUUUCCCAGCAGCUCCUGCAGGACCACAUCGCAGCCUGCAGCCUCCCUGAGCACAACCUCAUCAGUUGGACAGACGGCCUCCCCCCUGUGCAGUUUCAGCCUCAGAAUGGACCUACGACCAGCCUGGCCAGCCUCCUCUGAGAACAACAUCGCAAUGCGACAGGGAAGAGGAGACACACGAGAGCAAUUGCAGGAAAAUAAUGACGGGGAAAAAAAGCAGAAAAAAGGAGAAACACCUGAUAGAAGGGUAAGAUGAUAGGAAGUCAGGAAAACUAAAUUAGAAAAAGAGGGCAUACUGCACUGUGUCAUUUGGCAGACUUCCAUUCAGAGCAUUCCUUCACUCAUUUUGGGGCAUUAUGACUGGAUUUUAAAUCAUUUAAAUAUUUGGGAAAACAUAAUGUAUUAUGGGCCAACUUUUAUUACACUGGCACACUGUGGAAUGGUUGUAAUAACUUUUUUUCUACCAGCUCUAAAACAAAUGAAAAAUUAAAGGGAAAGUUCAGCAUUUUGGGAAACACACUCCUUUGCUUUCAUGCUGAGUUAAAUGAGAAAAUUGAUACCACUCUCAUUUCUCAUGUAUAGGAAAUAUGAAGCUUCCGUCAGCAGACAGCUAACUUACCUUAUCAUAAAGACUCGAAGAGGGGAAACGGCUAUAGAGUGGGAUCCACCUUCUCAUCAAUAUAUAUAUAUAUAUAUCUGAAAAUGUCAAACUUUUCCUUUGAAAUUCUUUAGAUUUUUCCCACUCAUUUAGCUUACCUCUUAAGUCUGUCCUGCAUGACAAGCAAGGAGGUAUUUUUAUUUUGGAUGAAGUAAAAUAAAGAUUCUGGGAGAACACAUAGAUUUUAAGAUAAGUCAGUCAGGGACUCAGUCUGUUGUUGUGCAUGAACUCAAAGUCUGUCUUUUCAAAGCAGUGUUUGGCCAGUUCCGAUACACAGUAUUAGUAAGGAUACAUUUGGAUAUAUGGUAUACUAUAUAUCUGUGAAGAUCUUAUUGUAGUGUAGUGAUAUAUUUGAUAUGUUUUUGGUGGUUCAGCUGCACAUGUGGUUUAUUCACCGAAGAGGAACAAAUGUGAACAUUCAUGCUGAGCUGAGAUCGAUGACAAUUUAAAAUUAUAUUAGACUUAGCAGACCUUGAAACCAGCCAGCCAUUUUAUAUAAAUGCAUUCAUUGGCUUGCCUGGCAUCCAGUAGUGUGUAUUAAUGUUCUGAAGGUAAGAGAAGUGAACUUUAAACAUGUUAUGUUACUGUGAUGCAUCAAAAAAGUAUUUGGGUAAUGUGUUGACAUUGCAAUUCAGUCAACUUGCUGCCUGACUGUAAUUCCCUUUAGAUUUUUACCAUUUCACUCUCACUGUGGUGUGUGUUUAUAUGCUGUGCACAUUUUGCCUGGAGUCAAGAAACUAGUGAUAAUAGUAAUAUUUCUACUAAAUAAAAUUGACUGUUACCUGUUUGCACAUAUGUUGUUUCAUGAUGAAACCUACAUUUUUAUCUUUUCCAUCUAAGCCUUUUGGAAUAAUUAUUUUUUUUUACAACUAUUUUUCUCUGUUCCUGUUUUACUAAUUUCUUCCAGAUGAUGGCAGUAUAAAUCUGUAUUUAAAUAACUUAUUUAAUGUUUCUUUUCAUUAUAGCAGAUACAUUUGUUCUUUGCCAUUGUUGUUAUUAACUCGUAGGACUGUCAAUUUACUUAUGCUGAUGUAGGAAAGGUACAUUUUAGUUUGAUCUAGUAAAGACAUUUGUUAUACAGAUUUCUGUACUCAGUUUUUAUUAUUUCAAAAUAAACUACUGAGUUUUGUCAUUUGCAAAGUAUUUGCUGCAAUAAAAAUGGAUGCCAUUUAUUUUAUUGCAAUUUUACAGUGUGUUGAAUGUUGAAGUUGAAUGUUUAAUUUGUUGUUUUCCUCGUUAUUUUAACUAUGCGUAACUUCAACACAUUUAUGACUUUUUAUGAAUAAAAAUUAAAAAGUAGAAUGACUAGAUUAUUCAUAUUGAAUGGGCCUUUAAAAUUUGACGUACCAAAGCUAUGAGAUACCUCAUGCAAAGAGAUUGAAGCUAAGCAAUGAAUAUAGAGAGGUGCAGAUGCUCUGUGUGCUGCAGGGACUUUAUGUCACUGCUUCUCACCAUUCAUAACUGUUUUGAAAUGAAACAAUGACGAUAAAAUCAAAGUGCUGACAUUAAA